CCGAGGACUCAUAGCCAGCUCAAAAGUGGAUAUCCCACCUAAUUUUCCCCGUCCCUGUGGUGUAUGGCCUCAAUUUAGAAGUGAGCGGCGGCCCAUUGACAGCUCGUUUUCCUCUUAUUCAAAAUCCAGUAAUCCACCAUAACAGAUAAGUUCUGAGCACUCACUUGCACCCCGCACAUCUCUUACUCUCUCUCUAUGCCUUCAACUAGAACAUCUCCAAGGGCUUGAAUAUGAUCCUAAAUGGGUGCUCCUUAAGCCUCUCCAAGUCCGAUGGAUCUGCAUCAUCAAGCAGUUCACUGCUGCUGCCUUAUAAGGUUGUAACCUCAUGUGUUAGACGUUCACCAGCACCUCAUCGGUACUAUCCGACAUCCUGCUCCAAAGGAUUCAGCUUCCUUGAUCUUUCUUCUGCAUCAUCACCUCUUUUCAGUGGUGAAUAUGGUGGCCUUUCGCACGCUUUACCCCAGUUACCAAGGCGAAGCCAAUUUUCCCUUGCCCCUAGAGCGUCAAAAGAUGUCCCAUAUAGUUACAGAUUCCCUGCGAUGACCACAAAGCCAAAGUGGUGGUGGAGAACCUUAGCAUGCCUCCCUUAUUUGAUGCCUCUUCACGAGACCUGGAUGUAUGCUGAGACGGCAUAUCAUCUCCACCCCUUUUUGGAAGAUCUUGAGUUUCUGACAUACCCUUUCCUGGGAGCAAUUGGAAGAUUACCAAGCUGGUUUCUAAUGGCAUACUUCUUUGUUGCUUAUCUUGGUGUAGUGAGGAGAAAGGAAUGGCCUCAUUUCUUUAGGUUUCAUGUGGUGAUGGGGAUGCUACUUGAGAUUGCCCUACAGGUUAUUGGGACUAUAAGCCGCUGGAUGCCACUUGCUGUGUACUGGGGCAAAGUUGGCAUGCAUUUUUGGACUGCCGUCGCAUUUGCCUAUCUGUUCACUGUUUUAGAGUGCAUAAGAUGCGCCCUCGCGGGGAUGUAUGCAGACAUUCCAUUUGUCUGUGAUGCAGCUUAUAUUCAAAUACCUUAUGAUUAAUGGCUGCCAACAUAUGCUUCUUAUGCCUUCUAGAUAGAAUAUUGAGGCUGGAUGGAACUGAAAAUGAUCAGUCUCUUUUGGAUUGUAAAACUUAAAUCUUUUAUAUGAUGGACCUGUAAAACUAAAUUUACGCCAGUGUUGUUCUUUCCUCUUCCAUUCCUCAAAGGGAUUGACUAAGUUCUCAUUGUUGUCAAAUUGGUUUUUUGUUUGUUCUCUUAAUCUCAAUUGCAUUUAUUCCGAGCA